ACACGUUCAUUGUUUUGAUAAACAUAUAUAUUAUGAUCUGUCCUAUAUUAUGAUUCCAAUUCACACCUAACAAAGUGCAAGAAACAUUGUUCAUUUUAUUUGAAGAUAAAUUCAUUGAGUUCUCUUCAUAUAUACCUAGUGAUCUAUUAAUUUUCAAAAUUCAAGAAGAUACACCACUUCUUCGAAGAUGGAAUCAGCAACUUCGAGGAAAAAAAAGAAAUCUGUUGCUUUUCAGCACAAUCAUAGUAUGAGUAAACAAGAAAUAAGUGUUGAGGUAAUGGAGAAAAAUUUGUAUCGUGCUGCCAGUACAGGUCGUUACAAUGACCUGAAUGAAAUUUUAGAAAAACUGAAUUCACAGACAUCUCAGGAGGAGCUAGAAAACAUAAUUACAAAUAUUCAUGCAGAACUUAAAUUAAACAAUAUUGCGCUGACGGACGAUGUCGAAGUACAACUGUACAAAUAUUUUUUCAAGAGGUAUUUUUUCGCAAAACCUUCGACCGAUUGCUACAAGAUAAGCGACAUAAAAUAUCACAUCAAAACUCUAGCUUGCAUAGUAGAUUGUGUUAAAUAUUUCUCGGAUGAAGAAGAAAUAUUGAUUUUUUGUCUCAAAUUCUCGAUCAAGGAAAUUCACCUUCUGAAACAUUUGCUGAGAUCGACAUAUGAUGUAUUGCCAUGGGAAGAAAUCGAAUUCUAUCUUCUUUGUUUCAUCAUUUCAUCGACCGAACAGCAUGAUUUGAACGUUUUCUUCAAAACCACACUGAAUAAAUCAGAUCUCAUCAAUCAUUUGACUGAUUUCGUAAAAUUACUGGAGAAAUUACAAAUGGCAGAAAAAAACGAGCUUUCGAAGUUACCAGAAUUGACAAGAGAUGAAGCGGUUCGAAAAAUAAUCGAGAACUCUCCUAACUUCAGGAUUUUGUACAGAGACAUUGACUUCAUUCGUGAUGUUUAUUCCCUGUUCAAAAUAAGGAAAUUUGCAAAAUUGUCACAAUCCACCGAUCCCCAAGAGAUCAGAGGUGACGAAAUGAUUGUAAGGGUUUUAUGCUUGAUUUCAGAGCAAUUGAAAUAUACCCUAGAGUCGCCGAAACUAUCACCAAUCAAAGGUGACCUUAUAAUUUUAUCCCUCGCUGAAAAUUCCAGAAGAGCUAUUUGGGAUUUACGAAACUCGAUUGAUUCUGAAGAGACUCUCAUGCAUAAAUGGAAAUUGAUCAAAGGUUUCAAUAAAAAAUUCUUGCAAACUAUUCGAGACGAUUUGAAGCGUAUAGCACAGGUAGCAGAUGAUUUAUUGUUGGGGCAUAUUAUCCGAUUAUUGAAACAUCAUUUUGGAAAAAUUGAAAAAUACCCCGAUUUUUUGAAGCAAAUGGAAACUUUCUUUGCAAUUUUCAACACCGUGAGCAACAGUAGCAGCAUCGAUAAAACAUUGUAUGAUAAACCAUACGAAAUUCUACAGAAACUCCCUACUGAGAUACAAGCCGAGGGAGACUUUCUUCAGAAGUUGAAAAAAAUUGUCACGACAAAAACUGAGCUGAGGCCAUUUGAAAAGGAGAGGAUGUUGAUAUACAUUUUGAAGCCAGAAGCUCGAGAUAUCUUCUCAAACUACAUGCUGUGUAGUAGACUAAGCAGCGACGAUAUACGUGAUUUACUAGACAUUGUGUUAUCAAUCCAAAAAAAAGUGAAAAAUUCAAUUUUUCUAUUCAGGGAUGAGAUAGGACUAUUGAUAGCGGAAGUUAUUAACCUACUCGAAUUGGAAAUAGAUAACGUUGAUGAUUGGAGAGAAAAAAUUGAGGAAGCGAUAAAAAUCAAUCAGGAAUUAUUUCUCUAUGGAGAAAAGGAGAGUAAGUCAUUCUCAGAAAAAGUUGGAAUUGAAUAUAAAAGUUUGAUGUCAGAACGCAUACUCACACUUCGAAAAGUGAUGAAUAAUAAAUCUCAAUUAACGUACGCAAGACUCAAAAAUGACCAUAAGUCUUUGGAAAUCAUGAAAUCUUUAGUUCUCGAUAUCCUUAGCCUACCAUCAAUCAUCGAGAGCAAUGAAGACGAAAAGAAGAAGGACUCACAAAAUAAUUCAAUGCUGAUGGACUGGCUGAAAAAUGAUUAUGAAUUGAACGAUUUGAUUUUCAACUCCACCAUAACAGUUUUUCAUGUAGCCAAUAGUUUAAUUGAGGAUGAUACGCAAAAUUUGAUGCAUGCUACUAAUAAUAAACCAACGAAAAACAGAACUUCCUUCAGCGACCAAUUCAUGGCCAUUUGUAAAAAGCUGAAAAUCUGUUCCAAGUUAACAGAGGGUGACUUCGGACAAUUCAAAGAAUUUUUAGGUAUGGGAGCGGAUAUAAGAUCGAGAGAUGGAAAAAAAUCCACAUAUUUGCAUAGAGCGGCAGAAAAAUCUGAUACAAGUCAGAUAGAUUAUCUUUGCAAUGAAGGACUGAGGGUGUAUUGCAAAGAUAUCAAACAUCAAACACCACUUCACAUUGCAGCAAAGAACGGGAACGAACAAGUUGUAUUAUAUUUCAUUCAGAAAGCAAAAGAUGUUGUAGAUAACGUUGAUAAUUUCGGAAGGACUGCUUUACAUUUAGCAGUUUUAAACGAACGCCGUCAAAUAGUUGAGUGUCUUGUGAAAGCCGGAUCAGAUCCUUCUAAGAAAGAUUAUCUAGGUUUCACAUCAUCUGUCUACGCAGUAUUGGGUGGAAAUAAGGAAGUGCUGAGUCUAUUAUUAUUAAAUGAUGCACAGCAAAGCGAAAUAGAAACUCUUUUCAAUAUUGCGAUCGAUCAGAAUUCAGCAGAAAUACUUGACUUCUUAUUGUCUGAGAAAUGUGUUACACUCGAUGACAAAAUUCGGGAUGUAGCAGUGUCUUCUGCAGUAUCAAACGGACAGGUCGAAAUAGUGGACAAAUUGCUUAGUAGUGGCGCCAGACCAUCAAACGUUUCUAUUCUAAUUGCCGUUCAGAAAAAUUAUGACCUAAUCGUGGAACAACUGCUACAAAAUGAAGCUAAGUUGGCCAAUGCGGUGAAUCCUGAGAAUCGCAAGACUGCCUUGCAUUAUGCCGCCCAGGAUGGCAACGAUCAUAUCGUGGAUAUUUUAAUGCAACAUAAGGCAAAUAUUAAUGUCGACAAGGAAAGAAACACACCUCUCCAUGUUGCAGUGGAAAAUAGACACGUGAAUAUCGUAAAAACUCUACUGAAUUAUGAGAAGGGUGUAGAAGUCAUCAAUGCCAUGAAUUCGAAACGUCACACUGCUUUGCAUAUAGCGGCGGAAAAAGGAGAGCUUGAAAUCGCCGAACUCCUAUUGCAGCAUUGGGCAUAUUUAGAUAAUGAGGAUUUUUCGGUGUCUCCCCUACAAUUGGCCAAAUCCAAUGGCAAUGAAGAGAUCGCACAGCUGUUGGUAAAAAACGGAGCAAAAUAUGCAAAAACUCCCGUACCCUCUCCCAGUCCGAUCCCCAAAGGAACAACACCAAAAAAAUACAUUGGAGUUGGUAGUUCUAGAGGUAUCACCCUCACCAAAAAAAUGCUGGAGAAUCCUACCAUCAUUAUAUAUGGCGUGGACCAAGACGAUGUCACGAGAGGUAACGAGAAUUUAAUAAACAAAAUCAUCGAGCAAAACGAAUUUGAGAGAAACGUCAAGUACAAACUUGAAAUAGUAGGGAAAUAUCCGAAGACCGAGAAGUAUAAUAUCAUAUUGGUAUUGGAAAAAUCAGUGUACAAUAAAAUUAUGAGCACAGAAAUGCUGAAAAUUGGGUGGAACAUUUGUCGUGUGUCUAACUAUUACUUCAUUUUUCGAUGCCACAAAUGUGCAGGGUUUGGACAUCAUUUAUCGGACUGUGAAAAUGAACAAGUUUGUGGACGAUGCUCAGGAGCCCAUCAUAGGGACGAAUGUACGAAUAAAAAAUUCAAAUGUCUGCACUGUGUUGAGAAAAAUAAGACUAGGGGAUUGACUCUUGAUAUUGAACAUUCACCACUGGAUCAGUUUUGUCCUUGGUACAGAAAGCUCUUGAAGGAUAAAUAUGAAAAGCAGAAGAAAAAUUCUAUGUCCACUUAUAAUAAUUAAUCAAAGUAUAUGUAUAUUUAAAGCUAACAAAUUAAUAUUCACAUUAAACAAAUAGCAAAUUCCAUUGGUAACACUGCCACAUUCCAAAAAGAUAUCAAAUGCGACAGUUUUGCCAGUGGAAUUCGGUUUAUAAGCUAUAUGAGUUAUAUUAUACCUGUGUUUAAUUGUCAUCACAUCCUCUAUAUAUUCGUACUAUAUUUCUAUUAAUUAUUAUUAUGUUUUAAGAAUGUAAAAUACUUUUGGUUGUUAUGCAAGAAAUAAAAUAAAAACUGG